GCGUCAGGCUCCCAUGGCGUCACUAUUGACGUUUCGCAUUCCAGCCGCUCUAUGGAGAGGCCGCUAGGGCUCCUCUCACAUAAAUGACGUUCAGAGAGAGGGAGCGGGAGAGCAGCGCAGAGAGGCGCCUCCGUCCCCUCUCUCCGCGCAAGGCAGACGCGCACCCCGGGGCACUCGCACUCGCACCGGGGACGCGGGCGCAGGUCCCGGCCCGGCUCCCGCCGCGCACAGACACACACGCACACACACACGAACACACACACAAAGGCACAUCGCGACAUCGCGGCGGCGGUGGCAGCGGCUCGGCAUCCUUCGCCCGCUCGGCCGCUCCCUCCUUCCCUCCCUCCGCCCGGGGACGGGCUCCUGGCUCCUCGGGCUUUUGCAAUCCUUUUCCAUGCCUCGGGAUAACGCACCCUCCGGACCUGCAGCCGCCGGGAGUCUGCGGGGUUUGGCGUCUGGGGUCCUGCCGCUGGACAGCGCCUACAUGCGCCUUUAAGGAAGCGGGGCACCGACGAACUAGAUGUAAAGACGGAACCUCCACAGCAACCGAAGCCCGGGUCGGAAGAGCUCCCCCCGCCGAGGCCAGGACCCGGACCCGCCUCCGCAGAGAGGUCCCAGCCGGCACCCACCGCCACCCCACCGCCGCCCCCGCCGCCGCCUCCCGCCGCCUCCGUCCGCACUUCCAGCCCCACCAUUCAGCGCGCAAGAUACCCGCCAGAUAUGCCCUGUGUGCAAGCGCAGUAUAGCCCUUCACCGCCCGGUUCAAAUUAUGCAGCUCAGACCUACGCGUAUGGCUCGGAGUACAGCUCGGAGAUCAUGAACCCAGACUACACCAAGCUGACGAUGGACCUGAGCAGUACCGAAAUCACCGCCACUGCCACCACCUCCCUCCCCAGCUUCAGCACCUUUAUGGAGGGUUACUCUGGCAGCUACGAGCUCAAGCCUUCCUGCCUCUACCAAAUGCAAUCUGCCUCCUCCGGCCAGAGGCCCCUCAUAAAGAUGGAAGACACCCGGCUCUCCCCGUACCAGCCCUCGCUGCCACCCUCCACCGAUGAGGGCAUGCCCAGCACUUCCAUGUACUUCAAGCAAUCUCCACCCUCCACGCCCACCACCCCGGGCUUCCCCUCCCACCAGAGCCUGUGGGACGAGCCCCCGCUGCAGCCCACCCAGACCUGCCUGCCGCCCGGCCACCUGAUGGACGCUGCCCCCAUGAAGACCGUGCCUCCCCGCUUCCCCCUCUUCCACUUCAAGCACUCCCCCCCACACACGCCGGCCACCGCCCCCCACAUGUGCUACGACCCUGCCUCCCUCAGCCUCCCCCUGGCCUCCGACAGACCCCCCGCCAGCCAGACGUCCAUGGAGAGCCAUUCCUACGGGCUCCACCUGCCCAAAAGACCAGCCACCUUAGCCUUCUCGCCGCUCGGCCUCAACGCAGCCACCUCCAGCCUGAUGGGGGAGAGCAGCGGGGGCGGCAGCGGCGGCCUCCCCUCCCCACCCAGCAGGAGCUCCUCGUCUGGAGAAGGCACCUGUGCCGUCUGUGGGGACAAUGCCGCCUGCCAGCACUACGGGGUACGGACGUGCGAGGGCUGCAAGGGCUUUUUCAAGAGAACCGUUCAGAAAAAUGCAAAAUAUGUUUGUCUGGCAAAUAAAAACUGUCCGGUGGACAAGAGACGUCGUAACAGAUGCCAAUACUGCCGGUUUCAGAAGUGUCUCAGCGUCGGCAUGGUUAAAGAAGUUGUCCGUACCGACAGCCUGAAAGGGAGAAGAGGUCGGCUGCCUUCCAAACCAAAGAGCCCCUUACAGCAGGAACCCUCCCAGCCCUCCCCGCCUUCUCCUCCCGUCAGCAUGAUGAACGCCCUCGUACGAGCUUUAACCGACUCCACGCCCAGGGAGCUCGACUAUUCAAGAUACUGUUCCACUGAUCAGGCUGCUGCAGGCACAGACGCAGAACAUGUACAACAGUUCUAUAAUCUUCUGACUGCCUCCAUUGACAUAACUCGAGGCUGGGCAGAAAAAAUCCCAGGAUUUACUGACCUCCCAAAAGAAGAUCAGACAUUACUCAUAGAAUCAGCUUUUUUGGAGCUGUUUGUACUAAGACUCUCCAUCAGGUCUGAUACUGCUGAGGAUAAGUUUGUAUUCUGCAAUGGACUUGUGCUUCAUAGACUUCAGUGCCUUCGUGGAUUUGGGGAGUGGCUCGACUCUAUUAAAGACUUUUCCUUAAACUUAAAGAGCCUUAACCUUGAUAUCCCAGCCUUAGCAAGUUUAUCAGCUCUAACUAUGAUUACAGAACGACAUGGAUUAAAAGAACCAAAGAAAGUGGAAGAGCUAUGCAACAAGAUCACAAGCAGUUUGAAAGAUCACUUAACUUUCAGUUGCCAAAACAAAGGACAACCGCUUGAGUCUGCAGAGCCGAAGGUACUGGGUGUUCUGGCUGACUUGCGUUCUCUCUGCACACUGGGACUGCAGCGCAUCUUUUACCUGAAACUGGAAGAUUUGGUGCCAGCCCCUUCCAUUAUCGACAGGCUGUUUCUGGACACCUUACCCUUCUGAGUCAAACCACCCUCCCGAAAGGCAAAUGCCCACCCGAGCAGGCAAACGGAUCGUGACUUACAGCUAACAUUUCUGCCCUCACUUAACAGAAAAGCAGCUCCGAGUCUAAAAUGAGGUCUUUUCUGGCGCUUUGUCCUUACAACCUGAGGCCUGAAACUUCCCGGCUUACUGGUUUGGGGUUGUGUUCUUUGUUUUCUUUUGUGUGAUUUGGGUUUUUUAAAUGGCUAAUAUGGCACUUUUGGACAAUGCUAUCCCAGCAGCAGUAAAAGGUUAACAUGACUGUUUUAAACCUGUUGUUUUAACACCUCAUGGUAUAUGAGGGGUACAAUUGUAGAAGCUGUGUUUGAAAACAGGAACAGCAAAUAGUUGUUUCCCAGGGUAGUAUGUGUUUUGUGAGGAUACCUUUAGCAUACUUCCUGCAUCAAGGGCACAUACAUCAGCACAAUCUAAACAAAAAUUCACUUUUUUAGCAAAGUACAUUCAAUUGAACAUUUCAUACGAAUCAAAUAUAGCAAAAUGACAAUGGCUGUUAGCUCCCAUGUUCAAGUGCAAUUUUUUAAAGUGCUGUCUUACUAAGUCUCGUUUAUUAACUAAUUUAUUUUACUAUGAAAACAAACAGGAGAAAUCCAGUGAGAAAAUUACAUGCACUAACUUAACCUGACAGAGUUUUCCAAACUUGAUUCCAUGUAGCGCGACUUAUUGACAAGUGUAUGUGGAAGACACGGGAGCAACCGUGGCUCGGUUGUUCCUCAGCUAAGGAAAUCCGCGUAAGUAGUGGCUGGAGCACACAGGGUCAGCAUCAGGGAUAGGUCAGUUUUAGACUUCUAACGUAGGCGACUAGUUAGUAGCCAGACAGAAGGUGGUUUUCGAGAACAAGCAAGUCUUGUAAAAUAGUAUGAAUGUAAGUGCUAGGAAGGAUAUAGUGGGCUGCGUUUAAACAUUCCGUGUUCGUACUCCUUUUUGUAUGUUUAUACUGUUGAUGCCAUAUUAAUAUGAAAUAAUUUGUUGCAUAGUGUCCUUAUUUGUAUAAAUGUUUGUAUGCAUGGUAUAUUGUAAUGGCUUUGCCUGUAUUUAUUGCAAUGACUGCCAGCUCAUGGGAGCCCUGUUACACAUGAUAACUAAAUGGGGUGUUCACACUGACUCAGAUACACCGGUUGGAAAACUAUAUACAUAUAUAUAAUGUGUAUAUAUAUAUAUGUAUAUACCUAUAUUUGUGUGCGUGUGUGUGUGCGCGCGUGUCUUUUUAUUAACCAUUUGUAUAUAAAAAUAUCUGUCAAAUCACAAGCAGAGUUAUUUUACAGUUUAUUUGCAGUGACUUUAAGGCAGUACUGUUUAGCACUUUGAUAUUAAAAUCUUGCUCAUGUUUUGCUAAAUUCAAAUAAUAUUUAAAAAGUUUAGUUCUAAAAAACUUUAUAUGCACUGUAUUAAGUAAAAAAUUUUGUUGGUCAUUUUGCUAAGGAAAUUUUUGAAUGUCAACCUGAUGUCACUGUAUCUUUUGUUAGCUUUAAACAUUCUAGCUUUUGUCUUUUUUUAAACUAUGCUGUUUAUAUGGAAAUUAAAUUAUACAAUCAAACAGAUGCCAAAUGAAUUGCCUAAUUGCUGCAAAGGAUAACCCAGAUAUCGAGUCACUGUAUGGUUUUCAAAUAGUAAUCUGGUAUUUUAUCACUUACUAUGUUUGGAUGUGCUUUUAUGAAAAAAUUAUUCUUAUAUCAAGAUUUAUAGUAGUGUCAAUAGGGAAACAGACUUCUAAUCACUAUAGUUAAUAUUUCCGGUUUACCUGCAGAUAAUAUUUGGAAAAGUAUUGCUUUUUGUAUUGACUUUUAAGCUUAUGUGCAAACAUAAUAGCAUAAUUAAAUAUCAGAGAAGCUAAUGUUUCUUGUAGGUUGCUGUAACAAGCCUGACCAGCAAGACAAAUAUAUUUUGACUGAAUUUGCUUUUGUAUAUACUAAAUAUAUAUAUAUACGUAUAUAUAUAUACACACACUCACACACAUGUGCGCAUACAAAAACAUACAGACACAAAAUCCAAAAGUAUGUUUACUUUUGUCUCCUUGUGUAAGACACAAGGUCCCUUGAGAAAUUACUUUUAUCUAGGGACAAAUCCUGCCAGGUGCUGAGCACCAGCCAGAUGAGGGCUUGCAGGUGCUUCUUGCGAGUGGGCCCUUGCAAAGAAUUUUCAGGCGAAUCAGCAUAGUCCAGUAAAGUUGCUUUUUUGUUGAGCAAGGUUUAUUUAUUAAGUGGAAUGUGAGCGGGAGGUAGCAGGUCCAGAGCCCCGUGUGAGAUUUCACAUAGCCAGUGUCCUCCAGUCUUCCAUAGAUAGUCUUAACUGUGAUACUCUCCCAAAUCCCAUCAUCUGUGGAAUUGUCCUUCAUGUCAACUUCAGUACGCAGAUUCAUCCUAGAGUACAACCAGUGACAGGUCACAGUGGUAAAAGAAAGAGUUAACGCAGAGUAAAUCUGCUACUUUUCUUAGAGCUCUCUCAGUGCGAACACGCCUUUGUCUAGGCAGAAUUCAGGAAUAUAUCAGGUGUUAAGGGAGAGUGCCUUGCUUUUAUUUCAGACAACAGUGUUUCAAGAGUUUCUUCACUCCGCUAACCGCAGUAGUUUUUUUCUUUUUCUUUUUUCUUUCCUUUUUUUUUUUUUGUGGUGUUAACCUGUGGGUUGAAAGAAAUGCUCUUGUACAUAUACAAUGUAAAUUAAAAUUAUUAAAUUGAAUAACAUUUUUUUCAGAGGCCCCAUGUGUGUUGAAUAAGUAUGCUUAAUUCUGUUAAAAUCUGAUGUGAAUUUUUUAUCGUUUAUAAAACAUUAAAAAAAAUUGUCUACUUGAGUCUUAAAAAUGGAAAAAUUGGUGAAGCAUGCUUAAGAACACUGGCAAUUUAAUGGCUAGUCUUUUGAUUAAAACAGCUUUUCUAUAAAUACAAUAAGACCUGCACUAUCUGGUUACGCAUUCUCAAUUAGAUAUUGAGAGCUGGACCGUGGUUGUCCCAGAGGUUGAACCACAUACAGACCAGAGCAGAGACCACCUGCCCCUCACUGUACUUCUCCAUGCCAGGAAAGGACUGUAAUGAGCUCAGAAAUGAUGAUGGCCACAAGGCGGGGAGGGGAUGGCUGUAGGGCUUGUGGUCCCAUAGAGCACCUCUGUCUGGGGAGAAAGAGGACGGGGCUCUGAUCCCAUCUUCUGCCCCUUUGUGUCAGUAAAUCCCGGUAGGACAUCGCUCCAGCAGGCACCUGCGGCAUUUUCUUUAAAUGUGCGUCCAGUUCCUGUCCUCACCGUGCCUUUGCUUUGUAGGAGGGAUCGCUUAUCCCCUGCCAGAGAAAACUGUUUGGCUACAAGUGCAUUUUCUACAAAUGCAGUUUUGAGAGGCAUCUGCCACUAUUCCGGGUAUUGCCAUAAGUACUGAUGGCUCCAGCACAUCUCCACGAGAGCUGUUCUUCUGCGGGAGCUGCUGGGCUGGAGGUUACGUCAAAUGGUGUGCUGUGGCGGGCUGCGAGAUUGGCAGCUCCUUCUUUGGAAAUGUGACAAAACAAAAGGUUGCUCAAACUCUUCCAAAUUAUUUGUUGCUUUUUUUUGCCUAUGCCUUAUUUUAAAAAUUAACCUAAAAAUCCUUAAUGAGAAUGGCAAUGCGUUUUGCAUAAUAGUCCCCUUUAGGCAAAACACGCAGAUCUUGUGACCAACCCCCACCAGCAUCUGAAUUUUCACCCUCCAUGAAAAAGUUUAUCCUCACUAAACUCACAAGUAUCUCAGUUUGUAUUUGCUUCAGGGGCCGUAAGUUGUGUCCUUAGACAUGGGAACAGAACUGUCCCCUGAUCUAGAUCGCCUGCACUUGUGUCCCUACGUGCGCCUCACGCGCUUCUAAACCACAUCACUGGCAGAGUCCUUCCAAAGGAUGUGAUGCCCAAGGAUUGACUCUGGCAUCGGAAGGUUGGGCUGAGUCAGCAAUAGGAUAGUGGGUUCCUCUAGUAGCGACCUUUCUUGGACAGGAGGCUGGCACCAAGUCACCCCAAAAUGAGCCAACUUUAAUGAGAGGUGAGUCAAAUCUCUUCAUACAGCUUUCCUACCUUUACUUUUCACGUUCAGGUUCCUUUGUUCAAUACACAAAGCUAAAAUUACAGUUAUGUUGCAGAGAGGAGAGAGAGGCUUAACUGUAUAAAAUUAAGCAUGGCUCUGACAAAAAUUGGCAACUCCCUCUAUGGACGCUUUGAAACAUGUCUUUUGAUUAAUUAUUUGUAUUAUAGCAACACCUAGAGGCCACAACAGAGAUCAGGACCCCAUUUUGCUAGCUAUCCCAAUUAGCACCUCCGGUACCCACCCGGGAGAAGCUCCAGUUCAAAUAAAAAAAAAAGAAAGAGGAGAAGCACAGGAAAAAAAAGAGUCGAGCGCCAUGCCCAAGGGUAUAGAGCAUUUCAGUCACAGAGUUAGGAAUAAAAACUUUUGUUUACUGAGCUAGUGAAUGAGCUACUCCAGUGAAUGCUCUUAUUUUGUUUUCCUUUUCUUUUCCUAGGCAAUUUAUGCUGCCACUGUAUCAAAUUUUAU